UCACUUUUUAGCCGACUUAAAGAGCGGCUCAUUUCCCGAAAAGCCAAUUUAAAACUCGCAGGACCUCCUUCGGCGCCCCUUCGGACUUGGUGUCGCCUUCCAAUGGCAGCGAAGGAUCGAGAGAAUCGGGAAAGAACGAAUCCGACAAUUAGCCAGCUCGCCUAAAUAUUCUCCAAGUUAUACGACGAGGAGAUUCAACGCGAAAGCGAAAAGCCGAGGUCUUCUGUUGACGGACGGCGGACAGAUACGAUAGCCACGAGAGAUAAGGGUGUGAACAGGCUCAAACAAGAUUGGGUAGCGGGGAAAGCAUAUACAUAUUACAGGACGUUCUCCUGUGUAAACGAUCACCCAAUCUCAACUUUUGUAACCGUACAGCCUCUAACAGUCGUUCUCUGAUUGACAAGAAACAAGAGGCAAGCCAACAUUAGAGGCAUAUUCACCCAAUGAGUUCAUUGAGCAAAUUCCAGGUCAAACUGGAGACAAUAUUUUGGGGGAAGCCUCCUGCAGACCCAAAAGAACGUAAGCUUUUGCUGAAAUUGGAUCUGGUUAUCUUGACCUAUGUCUGCUUGUCUUAUUUCUGUAAUUAUCUGGACAGAGCGAAUCUUGCCAAUGCGUACACUACCGGCAUGAGAGAAGAUGUAGGCUUCAAAGGUAACGACUACACCUACGCGAAUUCCAUGUUCACGGCUGGCUAUAUUAUUGGUCAAUGGCCCUCUGCGCUCAUUCUCUCUUCUGGCCGCAUUUCACCAAGAUUCUGGUUCCCUUUUUGCAUGCUAGCUUGGGGGCUGUGUACUCUUGGUUUGACCUGGGUCAAAACUCCUCAUCAGGUUUGGGGCAUUCGAUUUGUGCAAGCAUUGUUUGAAGCAUCCACGUUCAGUGGUACCCAUUAUAUUCUUGGCUCCUGGUAUAAAAACGGGGAGCUGGGUAAGCGUUCCGCCGUCUUCGCAACUGCUGCUCAAUGCGGCACCUUGUUUUCUGGCAUUAUGCAAGGUGCAAUCAUGACCAAUUUGGACGGCAAAAACGGGUUCAAAGGUUGGCAAUGGCUGUAUAUUAUUGACUUCAUUAUUACUAUUCCAAUUGCUAUCUACGGUUUUUUGAUGUUCCCUGGUACCCCCCAAACUACCAAGGCUUUCUGGCUUACUGAAGAAGAACGAGAGCUCUGUGUUCAACGUUUGCCUCCCGCCGAACAUCAUAAAAUGACUCUUAAAAGCUUAGGCAAAUCCGUCAAGAGGCUCGUUACCACGUGGAGGUGGUACCUAUUCACUCUUUUAUUUACCGUGUCAGCCACAGCAUUCGAGAAGGUCGGGGUAUACACAGAGUUUAACUUGUGGCUUAAGGCUGCUGGAUACAACGCUAGCCAGAUUUCUUACUAUCCCUCUAUCUUUACUGCAACUGCCAUUGUAUCCACUUAUUUCCUCACUGUUAUCUCCGAUGUUACCCGCAAUCGCUUCGUCAUUAACCCUAUAAUGUAUCUGGCCGUCUUCAUCUCAUCGGUGAUGCUCCUCAACUGGGACCACCUCAACAAAGGUGCUCAUUGGUUCGCCUACAUCAUCGGAGGCUUUGGCUACGCGGGGCAAGCAAGCAAUUUUGCUUGGGCGAAUGAGAUGUGUAGGGAUGACGAUGUGGUGAGGUCGUUGACUCUAUUUUCCAUGAACUUGUUCUCUAGCGUUUGGAAUCUGUGGUAUCAGAUUGUGGCCUGGCCUGUUGUCGAAGCACCCCGUUUCCGAAAUGGCCAAAUUGCCACUUUGGUCACGGGUGCCGCAUCCGUUGGUAUUGCCGUCACCAUUGUCUACUGCUCCAAAAAGUGGCCACCUGCUAUUGCCAAUGCGGAAUUGGAUCAUGAACGUGAAAGUGUAGCUGAAGGCGAGAAGAGUACAAGUAAGGACGAAGAGGCAGGAGUCAGCGUUGAAGGCGUCGCUCAUUAGGCGACGGAAUUCAUCAUUGUUGGCGUAUGUUCAGGUUGCUAGAUAUCACAGGUAUAAAUGUCCAAGUUGUCUAUUAUUAGUGUUAGGGCGCAUAACUUUAUAAAUAUGGAAA